CUGUUGCUCAUUUGACCACGUUUUGUGAUCUUCACUAACAGGCAUCUGUUUUCACACUGAGAGGCACAAAGCGGGCAGCUGUGCAUGGAACUGCGCAAUGGAAUUGUCGCUUGUCAGGAGCCGACUUGUCCAGCCGUCAUUCGCGAGAUCGCAACAUGGUUGAUGUCGUGUAACUUCAACGAGAGGGAUUAUGACCCCAUUGGCUGGCGUUCUACUCAGAUGAUGGUUGGUGCUAUUCUAAUAUCGAACAAACACCCAGGACCUACGUUCACUGACGAAACAAACCUCUGUGAUUGCGCCAAAUCAAUGCAUAAUGCUGUGCUUUCUAAGGUGAUGUCUUCACUAUGUAUAAUCAUACGCAACAGUUGUGGCCCUUGUAUAUGCCACAUCAGGUAUGAUGGGGCUUGCUCUGCAGGCAAAAGUACGGUCGUGGUGGACAAAGCAGCCCGUCACUCUGGCAUUGCUGCCACUCGAGUGCACACUGCACAUAUGGUAUGGAUGCUCGUCAUGAAGACUGACACCAUCGGGAGAACAUAGAGUGGAUCCAGUACUUGCCGAAGCGGCGGACCUACGUAUUGGGCGUAGCGGAUAUGAAGUAUCAGGAAACAUGGGGGUCUGGGCGUAGUCGAUGUAUGACUACGUUCUGAACUCAUCCCUCUAUAGCGCCCCAUUGAACUGACGCAGUCAUCGUGUAUUGUAAGAGUCACACGGU